GUGAUCGGGCUCUUUAAUUUAUGUCACGCCGUUUGCCGGACGGGCCCAGUUCUGUGACUGAACGGGAGGCGAAGCUUCGGCUACAAACGGUCGCGCAGGGUGAAAAAAUCCGCGCACCCUCUAUUUUGUCGCAUGUUUGGUGACGUCCAAUAAUCGACUGGCUGUGAAGUCUCCGGGGCCGAGGCCUAGAGACUUUUUUUGUUGUAACGGACGCUGUUAAAACUAGCUGUGGAUGCCACAGUAGAUUUCGGUGCCCGCUCUGACCGGGUGUGAGCCGAUGAAGCACUUUAUUCCGUGAUUGAAGCAGACACGGCCGGAGACGUUAGCCAGCUAGUUGAAGCUACUGCUAACUGCCAGCGAGGAAGUGAGGAACGAAAAAAUGACAUCUCGGAGGUGGUUUCACCCCAACAUCACAGGUGUGGAGGCCGAAAACCUCCUGCUGACUCGAGGAGUUGAUGGAAGCUUUUUAGCAAGACCCAGUAAGAGUAAUCCAGGAGACUUCACCCUCUCAGUACGGCGAAAUGGUGCUGUCACCCAUAUUAAGAUCCAGAACACAGGAGACUUCUAUGACCUUUAUGGUGGGGAGAAGUUUGCAACUCUUGCAGAGCUGGUGCAGUAUUACAUGGAGCAUCAUGGGCAACUGAAAGAGAAAAAUGGAGACGUCAUUGAGCUCAAGUAUCCACUCAACUGUGCGGACCCCACCUCAGAGAGAUGGUUCCAUGGACAUCUGUCGGGCCGAGAGGCUGAAAAGCUGCUGACGGAGAAAGGCAAGAAUGGCAGCUUCCUGGUGAGAGAGAGCCAGAGCCACCCGGGGGAUUUUGUCCUGUCUGUCCGCACUGGAGAUGACAAGACGGACAGCAGUGACAGCAAACCCAAAGUCACUCAUGUCAUGAUCCGCUGCCAGCAUGACCUGAAGUACGACGUGGGCGGAGGGGAAAAGUUUGACUCUCUCACAGAUUUGGUAGAGCACUAUAAAAAGAACCCCAUGGUAGAAACUCUGGGCACUGUGCUUCAGCUCAAACAGCCCCUGAACACGACUCGUAUUAAUGCAGCAGAGAUUGAAAGUCGAGUUAGGGAGCUUAGCAAACUAGCAGAGGCGACUGACAAGGUCAAACAGGGCUUCUGGGAAGAAUUCGAGACCUUGCAACAGCAAGAGUGCAAGCUGCUCUACAGUCGCAAAGAGGGUCAGAGACCAGAGAACAAAAACAAGAACAGAUACAAGAACAUUCUCCCUUUCGACCACACACGUGUGGUGCUGAAUGAUGGGGACCCAAAUGAGCCAGGCUCUGACUACAUCAACGCCAAUAUCAUCAUGGUAGUAUCUGCUGUCAUGCCGGAGCUGGACUCAAAGUGUAACAAUACCAAGCUGAAGAAGAGCUACAUUGCCACUCAGGGCUGUCUGCAGAACACAAUCAGUGAUUUCUGGAGGAUGGUUUUUCAGGAAAACUCUCGAGUCAUUGUCAUGACCACCAAGGAAGUGGAGAGAGGGAAGAGUAAGUGUGUGAAGUACUGGCCAGACAUGUCUGCUCUGAAGGAGUAUGGAGCCAUGCGUGUUCGCAAUGUCAGAGAGACUGCUGCACACGACUACAUCUUAAGAGAACUGAAACUGUCCAAAGUCGGCCAAGGAAACACAGAACGCACAGUUUGGCAGUACCACUUCAGGGCCUGGCCCGACCACGGAGUCCCCACUGACCCAGGUGGUGUACUCGACUUCUUAGAGGAGGUCAACCUGAAACAGGAGAGCAUACUGGAUGCUGGGCCUAUAGCAGUACACUGCAGUGCAGGAAUCGGGCGGACAGGAACGUUUAUAGUGAUUGACAUCCUGAUAGAUGUGAUCCGAGAAAAAGGAGUGGACUGUGACAUCGAUGUGCCAAAGACCAUCCAGAUGGUUCGGUCUCAGCGCUCAGGAAUGGUGCAGACCGAGGCGCAGUACAGAUUCAUCUAUAUGGCUGUACAGCACUACAUAGAAACAUUGCAGAGGCGCAUAGAGGAGGAGCAGAAAAGUAAGAUUAAAGGGCGCGAGUACACCAACAUUAAGUACUCUUUGUCCGACCUGACUGGAGGAGAGCAGAGCCCUUUGCCUCCUUGCACUCCGAUUCCAACUCCCACCUGCACAGAGAUGAGGGAGGACAGCUCCAGAGUAUAUGAGAAUGUGGGCCUGAUGCAGCAGCAGAAGAGCUUCAGAUGAGACUCACCUUUGAUACCAGCGCUCUGUCAGUUCCAGGAUCUUGAUACCUGACAGUUUUUCGCCAGCCACACCUUGACGCCUGAGACUUGACCGAAAUGAAAUGGAACAAUGGGGAAAAAACACGUGAGGGAGACUAGACACCAGGGUCGUCCUGCUGUUUCUGCUUAUUCUACAAAAACAUUUUUCCCUCUAGUCGAAUUCUAAACCACUGUGAUCGUCAGAAGAGCCUUUGAAAAGCCUAACACGCUAAAUUCCCUACUAAACCACAGUUCGGGUUUAGUCUUUGUACAUCUCACCCCGACAAGGGCUGCCAACAGCAAGCACUCUCCUCAGAGGGAAACGACCUAGCUAACCUUUGCUCAUCUCUCAUUUUUCUGUGCAUUUCUUUUUUUUUUAUUAACCAAAGGAAAGUGAUGUAGAUUGUUUAUAGAAACAGGCCUGUGCCAAACCCACAAGUGAGUUUAUCCACAUUUUGCAGCCAAUUAGUCGUUCGGCCUUUAAAGCAGCAUUAGACCGUGUGUCUGGACAAAAUUAGGGCAAUCUUCUAGCAAUUUUUGUCUGUGUUAUAAGAAGUAACAGCAUAUUUACUAUUAAUUCCUAAUCCACUGACUUCUAAACAUUUUUUUUGUGGAAGAACCACCUUAAAGAGAAACUUAAAUUCUUAACUUUUUGUCUUCUAGUUCACAUGGGUUUAUAUGCUUUCAUUAGGAUUCACAAUGUCUGUUAGUUAAUCAUUCCUGAGCUCAAGCCGAAUGUCCUUAAUGCUGCACUUUUAUUUAGCAGCAUAACAGUCAAGCCUUGAUUCACCUGGUGGGUUUAUAAAUAAUCUCAUCUGGGGGUUCAGAGAGGAGUAUCCAGGGGGCCUGUACUUCUGUGUUGAAGUCUGUUGACAUAUUAAGAUUUCAGGGGAGUCUGUUGUGUAUCUCAGUUGCAGGCAUUGCCACAGACAUACGGCUGCCAAAAAAAAAACUUUGUUUUUUUUAAAGUGCAUAUUACUUUUUUCCAUUCUUUCUUGUUCUUCUUAAAGACAAAUGCCUUUUGUGUACCAUUGCCUGUUUUGAGCACCACAUGUACUUAAGUUUAAGAGUCACUCUUUAAAGAAGCAAUCGCACAUCUCUCAGCUUUGGCAGUGUAGAUUAGUCAUUGUUGUGGUUGUGGCCAGCUGGAUUUAGUAGUUUGUACACACACAUAUUCACAUGUGCACACACACAUUUAUAGGGGAGAAUUUUCUUAUCUUUCUGUCAGUGUUAAUCAGAUUUAAAGGAGCAGUUUGACUUUUUGCAGGAAUUCGCUCAGUCACUUUCUUGCCAAGAUUUGGAUGAGAAGAUAGAUAAAAGCUGAUUAGCUUAGGCCAGCAUUCAUCUCUCAUUGCCAGAUCAUUCUCAACAGCAGUGUAUCAGCUUUAGAGAAUGAUCUGACUGCAUGUCAAUAUCACUCUGCUAUUGGAUGGAAAAAAAGCUCUUAUUUGAAUCAGUCAUCCUGGGAGCCUUGGAAAAAUUAUUGCAGGGAAGUAGUUUUGCACAUUGGGAGGUGAUCACUGCCAUGAAGGUUGGUCAUUGAAAGAUCCAAGCAGGGCUGCUUUAUUGCACAGUUCAGAUCUUUAAAUUUUCAGCUUGUAGGUGCUGCUCGGAGAUGGCUGUAGUCGUUUCCUGUAGUGAAGGACAUUUUGAAUCUGAUAACACAUAGAUAUGGAAAGCAAUGCUUUGUGAACUAUGUGGUGAAAAUGGCACAUUUAGACCUAAAAUCUGCAUCUGGCAAGUCAGGAUAGUUUAGCAAAUAGGGGGAAACGGCUAGCCUGCCUCUGCCCAAAGGUAAAAUAGGAAAAGAAAUAACAGGUCCAUUUGUAUAGAUAUCAAUUGUAGAAAUGUUUUACUUUUGGUGGAACAGAUACGUUUAGUGUUUAUCAAAUGCACUGUCUUUGUGACAUGCGUGUGAUGCAAAUCAGUACAUGAAAACAUUCCUUCGAUUACUUCUGAUGAACAAGUACUCACUGAGUUUUUUUUUUUUUUUUAGAUACUUUUAAUAGGCAGAUUUGGGCUCAGAAUGUGGCUGAGUGAGCCAAGCGCUUCAGUCUGCUCACUUUAUACCUCUUGCAUCUCACUUUUGAUGAUUCCCAGUCAGAGUUUGCGUCUAUGCAAGCUGCUGUGUCAUGAGGAAGCUUUUUACUGCAGGAACUCGGUCAAGCGCAAAGUGGCGCAAACCUUUACACAAACGGUCUUUCAGCCUUUCUGUUUUCAUUAGAAUUUUGGAGCUCUGUGUACGUCAGAACAACGACUAAUACUUAACCUGAAGUAAGUCCAAUUCUGUAAACUUGUAGGGAAUGGAGCAAUGGAGGGUUUUUUUAAUGUUUGGAUAAAUGGAGAAUUAUAUGUUGUUGAUGAUGACCAUACAGCUUUAAAGUGGUUUCUGCAGUGGAAAUGGUUUAUUUGUACAUAUGCAGAGUGGGGUUUGGGCUAAUGCUAACAGGAUGUUAAGAUGCUCACAGUAAAAACGCUGAAUUGUUUGUGUGCUUACCGUUGCUGUCUGCAUAGACAUGCUAACUUUGCUAAUUAGCAGUACAUGCCACUAGUUUUGCAGGUAUUUAGACCUUUUUUUUUUUUUUUUUUUUACCUAAUUAUGGCUCAAAAUGACAAUUAAAAGAAUCAUCAGAGUAAUUAAAAUUUAUUCUCAGGGGAACAUAAAUGUGUAUAACAGAUUUUAUGGCAGUCUAUCUGAUAGUGGUUGAGAUAUUUCAGUCUGGACCGAAACAUUAGACUGACUGACCAGUGCUGCUAGCAUGGCUAAAAAUAAUAGUUUUAUGGCAAGCUGCGUGCUACAACUGUUUCUUGGUCAGAAUAGCUUUAUGCUAAGCUCGGCUAAUCACCAGCUUUAUAUUUAACAUACAGAUAUGAGAGUGGGGUUAAUCUUCUCAGAUCAGUUGCUGCAAGAAAUGAAAGUGCAUUUUCCAAAUUGUCAAACUGUUCCUUCAUCUUCACAAUCAGCUGCAAUAUUUAUAUUUAGGGAAGUCACUGACUCACUCACUCACUGACUCACUUAUUCAUUUCAAACAUGUGGCCUAAGUACUUGUUGAGCAUUGCCAGCUUCUGCACAUUCACUUACCAUCACUACGCCUUGAGAAACUGCAGUCUUGCGAUUGAACUUGGUGACUCAGAAUCUCUUGUUUGAGACAAAGGAAAGAAGCGGCUCUCCUCUUUUGCCUUGCGGGACAGUUCUCAGCAACCACUGAUCCGGGACUGAACAGCUUCUUUCUGUAACAUUAAAAAUCAUGAAAUCAGUGUUUUCGGGGGCUGCUUCCUCUCACUGGAGGACUCUGCUAACACCCGGCUGCUCCACAGCAAGUGUUCUUUGAAACUUCUCCCAGGUGAACGCCAUCCUCUGACUGAGAUCCUCUGUAGUGUGGUGUACUGUAUGCAGUUUUAUCAUCAAGCGGAUGACUUUGUACCUGUCAAAUGUUUCGUGGAGUGCUUGCUUGUGGUGUUUUGUGUCUUGUGUUGUGUGCGUGCAGGGAUGAGUGUAUGUGCUGUCAGGGUGAGGCUGCUGACAGCCAUAUAUGUUCUGAGAUACUUUUUUGUUUCCUUCCCGGAUGAUAAAACUGCUUUCCAUUUAUCAUAUAAGCAAUUUAGAUGCAUAGACGUGCCUUCUAUGCAUAUGCCUCUGUGUAUGUGAUAGCUAUUAAAGAAAAAACAGUGCUCUUUAGUUUCACCGCCAUUCAAGAACCUGUAACACUUAAAUGUGAAAUCCUUCAUCCUGAACAAAAAAGGAAAAAUGGUGAUCGCAAUGCAAACAAACUAUAUUUUUUAACGUGUAUAUUGUACAUGAGUACCAGGUAGAGGAGAAUGUACUUACUAAAACAUAUCUACUUGCCAAUAAAAUAUACUGUAUGUAUAUUCCUACAGCUUUCUCCCUGUGACACAGGGAGGGACCUCUCACAAAGCUUAAGAGGUUUAUUGUAUGACUUUCAAUGCAGUUAACCAUGUUAACUUCCUCAAUAACAAUAAAUGGCGAGCUCAUGCCUCAUAAGGUC